AUGAGGCUUCUAUCCCUAAACCAAAAAGAUGGUUUGUGCACGUUCUAUAAUCCCUUUAGAAAUUUGAACUGUUAUAUGAGCAACGACGACUUACUAGGGUGUGAAAUUCGGUAUGCAAAAGAUGGUUGGCUUCUCGUUUCUAGGGGAAAAUCUCUCUUCUUACUUGAGCCUUCGCCUUCUAGUAAGCAAAUAAUCCAUCUCCCACGAAGAACAGAGGACUAUUUCUGUGAUACACUGUCAUUCUCAGCUACUCCAGCUAAUUCUUCUGCUUGGGUGAUCUUUGGUAUUGCUUGUUUAAACGAGUAUCAAGUUAGAAUUUCAUAUUUGAAAGCAGGGGAUGAUAAUUGGACUAGUAUGAUAAUGGACAAUGAGGUACCUUUUGCACUUUCAUGUUCUAGUCCUGUCUAUUUUGGUGAAGAAUUUUGUGUCAUAGGCGACUGUACUGGUGAUGUGGGUGCAUUUGGCUUCUUAGAAGAUGGAAACCCUUACUGGGUUAUCCAUCAAAUUUGUCCACUAUAUUCACCUCGUAUUUCUGGUGCUCACCGUCAUUUUUUAGUUUUACGGGAUCAAAUUGUGCUAUAUUCAGUAAUUGUGACGCGAGAGCAUAACGUUCGUGUUUAUGAACUAAAGUUUGGAGAGUACGAAAGUGUUAAACUAGUAAAAGAAGUCAAAAACUGGCUUCUUUUCAUUAGCGAAGCCUCAUCAUUGUUGUUGGUGGCAUGA